AUGUUGUUUACCUGGCCACCCAUCCUUUCGUCUCACCCUUCACCCUUCAACCAUCCUUCAUCCUUCAAACUUCAAACUUCAACCUUCGUCCUUCAAAAUUCGUCCAUCAUCCAUCAUCCAUCAUCCAUAAUCCUUCAUCCAUCCCUCUCUCUUAUCUUCAACCCACCUUCAAGCUUUGCCGCCACGAGAUUUAAUCGGUCUUUAGGCUGCUUGACCAUCAAAGAGCUCUGUUGGCAUGACCUGGACGAAGAAGUGACGAAGAUGUCACAAAACCUGCCCUUGCAGAUGGCAUCGGCAGAUGCCACAACCACGACAGAGGGCUCUCAAGGCAAAGGCGUCGAAGGCAUCCUGACAGAUCCAGAACCUGCUCUCCGUGAAUGGCGAACUACACCUGAAGAAGAGUUAAUGGCUCAGAAUGACCGCCUCAUGGCCAUUAGUAUGACCAGGGCGGUACAACACGACGGCGCCACAAUUGCACUCAUUCUCCAACAGGAGAAUCGAGCAGCGGCAGAUCGGGCAUUUGCCAUGGGCUUGGACCCAACACACUAUGCGCAGAAUACCCGUCAAGCAAAUCACGAAGCCAUUCAAAGGGCCUUUGACUUUCUAGAGGGGGAGGAAAUGGACUUUGAAUACACAGAAUCUCAUGCCGCAGGUACACCAGCUGACGCAGACCCGAGCGAGUCCCCAAAAGACGCUGCGAAAACACAGCCAUCUGUCCCGACUAUUCGCAAGUAUGCCGAUGCGGUUUUGCAUUUUGCUACGUUUGCGCAUUACAGUGGAAGACUUGCCAAUGUGCGGCAUGGGAUGAAAGGACGCUCCUCGCACAAGCCCAGGAAAUAG